AAAGAAAUUUAGAAAAUGGUUAGCAGGCAUUUCGUGGCCAUAUGCGGAGAUUCAUCCGACCGAAACUGCUGCGGCACCACAGGCCGCGACAGUGUUCCAGCAGCCCACCAGAUGCUCUCGUCCCUCAUUCCCCGGCUCCUUCCUCCCUCCGUACCCUCGUCCGCUCCACGAACCCUGCGUUCAGUGGCCAUCAUUGGCGCUGGUGCCGCUGGCCUGGCCGCCGCCCGUGAACUCCGACGAGAGGGACAUGGUGUCGUCGUCUUCGAGCGCGGUGCUGAGGUCGGGGGCACCUGGAUCUACAACCCCACAGUCGAGUCCGAUCCUGUCGGCCUCGAUCCUGAGCGUCAUGUAAUCCACUCGAGCCUCUAUGCGUCACUGCGCACCAACCUCCCAAGAGAGGUUAUGGGUUUCCUAGAUUAUCCCUUCGUUGUCCGGAAGAACAGCGAGGAUUUUAGGAGAUUUCCCGGGCACCGUGAGGUGUUACGUUACCUGAAGGAUUUCGCGAGGGAUUUCGAUUUGUGUGGAAUGAUUCGGUUAGAGACGGAGGUGGUGCGAUUAGCGAUCGAGGGCGAUGGGAGGUGGUCUGUCAGAUCGAGAAAAGUGGGGAAGGAUUUGGAUGGAGGAGAUCAUUACGAGGAGGAGAUCUAUGACGGGGUCGUCGUUUGCAACGGUCACUACACGGAGCCCCGGAUUGCUCACAUCCCUGGCAUUGAUGCAUGGCCCGGCCAACAAAUACACAGCCAUAAUUAUCGUGUCCCUUGCCCCUUCUAUGAUCAAGUGGUUGUUCUGAUUGGGAGUGCGGCCAGUGCCCAUGACAUCUCAAGGGACAUAGCUGGAGUUGCAAAAGAAGUUCAUGUUGCUGCUAGGUCAGCUCCUGCAGGAACGCUCGUGAAGCAACCCGGCUAUGACAAUAUGUGGCUACAUUCUAUGAUUGAAAGCGCACAUGAAGAUGGUACUUUGGUUUUCCAAGAUGGAAGCUCAGCCCAUGCUGAUGUCAUUAUGCAUUGUACUGGGUACAAGUAUCAUUUUCCAUUUCUUGACACUAAGGGUAUUGUCACUAUUGAUGACAACUGUGUGGGUCCACUCUACAAGCACAUUUUCCCACCUAAGCUUGCUCCUGGCCUUUCUUUCAUUGGGCUACCUUGGAAGGUUGUCCCGUUCCCACUGUGUGAACUUCAAAGCAAGUGGGUGGCCGGAGUUCUUUCUGGAAGGGUGACACUUCCAACACAAAUAGAGAUGAUGGAAGACAUCAAAGCUUUGUACUCAGAGAUGGAAGUUAACGGACUGCCUAAGAGACAUUUCCACAACAUUGGGAAUUAUCAGUUUGAAUAUGACGAUUGGUUGGCUACUGAAUGCGGAUAUCCAGCAGUGGAAGAGUGGAGGAAAUUGAUGUACUCAGAAUGUGGAAAGAACAAAAUUGCCCGUCCAGAAAGCUAUCGUGAUGAUUGGAAUGAUGAUCAUUUAGUUGCUCAAGCAAUGGAGGAUUUUAAGAAAUUUUUGUAGCAACAUUCUUCGAGUUUUCUGUUCAUUGUGUCUUUGGGUGUCUUAAUAAUAGUUGUUGUGUCGUUAUCUAUAGCUUCUUGCUCUAAAAUUAUAGAUUUAAUCAUUUAUUUGAUUGUUUGAUGAUAGUAGUGCUGCUUUCAGGCAGGGAAAAAAUAAGUUGCAUUUGCU